AUGACCUCUCUCCAUCCCUCCCAGCCGGAUGAGAUGCAAAUCUUGACUUCAUAUCUACUACAUCCAAGCCCUCUAUCCACGAUUCUCCCAUAUGCCCGUUUCCAAUCUCUGAUUCCAAAGUCGUCUUUGUCUCACUCUACAGAACUCAAGCGGCUAUAUCGCGACCUCCAAUUCCAGCGAGACAUAACCAUCGAUGAUGUCCGAAGACGAAUUGAGACUGAAUGUCGACGCAGCGUUGCCCUCCAAGCCAAGCUGACAAGGAACAUCAGACGAGAGACUGGCAGCAAGCGAAAGCGAGACGAUGACGACGAGGGUGAUCACCUUCCUCAAGAUGUGGACUCGGAUUCCGACCCUGAUCGGUCAAUCAAGCUCGACAGCGCUCUACACGGGCCGCUGGGUAGUACUCUACAAACGCAAACCAAACAGCACAACCAUAGCAGUACAUCCUUACUUUCCUCGCUUGCGGCAGCGACAGCGGAUCUCACUUCGGAAAUAACUUCGCUCGAAGCUGAGCUCAGCGGACUGAGACAAGUCUGUGAGGAGCGAGUGGGUGGAUUGAGUGAUCUGAGAUAUGGCAGGUUCAGCAACAGUGCAGCUACGGGUGAAAGCAUCGAAAAAGAGGUGACAGAUGGCCUGGAAGCGUUGAAACGAGAGCUUAACAAGGCUGCUGGAGACUGA